AUGGUUAGAAAUAUCCAUAUAGUUUCCAGUGGUAGUGGAAGUGAAAGUGAGAUUUCAUCAUCCGCUACUCCACAACCUGAUGGGGUCAAGCUGUUUUCACACUUACCGGAUAAGACCGAGGAAGCGCUCAGUACAUUUGAAUUAUUGAGUGAAAAUCAUUAUAUAGAUAAGCUCAGGAACGUGUAUUCGGCCUCUGGGGAAGUGAUGACGUGUGACUGCGCAGAGCGUCGCGUUGCAGGGGUCAAUGUGGCCUGUGGUGUAGAUUCAGACUGCAUCAAUCGGUUAACCAACGUGGAAUGUGUGGACGAUCAAUGUGUAUCGUGUGGUUCACAGUGCCAGAACCAGCGAUUCCAGCGAAAUCAGAUGGCAGAUGUUUCGGUCUUCUUGACUGAGCACAAAGGUUAUGGAAUGAGGGCUAACUGUGACAUUCCUGCGCACACUUUCAUUGUUGAAUAUAAAGGUGAGGUGAUAGAUGAUCGGGAAUAUAAACUUCGUAAGGAAAGUUAUGCCGACGAGGGUAUCGGGCAUUUUUACUUUAUGAUGAUACAGGAAAACGAGAUAAUAGACGCCACUAAGAGGGCUAGCCUGGGUAGAUUCUGCAAUCAUUCGUGUGAUCCGGUUGCCUACGUGGAAAAAUGGGUCGUUAAUAAGAGGUAUAGAAUGGGCAUCUUUGCUAAAAGAAAGAUAAUGAAAGGUGAGGAGAUCACGUUUGAUUAUAAUGUGGAUAGAUAUGGUUCCGAGCCUCAGAAAUGUUAUUGCGGUGCGAAAAACUGUGUAGGCUUUCUGGGUGGUAAGACUCAGACAGAAAUUCUGAGAUUGCUACCUUAUGCCGCCAGAGAGGCUCUUGGUAUAAGGUCCAGUGAUGAGAAAAGGUGGAUUAGAUUGGAAAAGAAGAUGGGGAUCAAGAUAUCCAAGGAUAACGUGGAGGCCAAAGUGGGUGAUUUUGUUGAGUCCUUUGAGCUUCAGCCUCUUACUAUCUCAGAUAUUCCUAAAGUUUCUAGUUGUCUCUUACUCCCUGACAAUGAUGUGUUGAUUAUCGACCGAAUAUUAGAGCGGUUCGACACUGAAGAUACUGGAUAUGGUGAAUUGUUACAUAUGUUCAAUAGGCUUCACGGUUUACAGGCGUUAACUUCUAGUAUCAACACCAUUCUGUUCACCGUUAGCGAUGGUAAGGAAUUAAGGCAAAGGGAAAAAAAUGCCCUUGUCAAAAUUGUCAACAUCUUCGAUGCAUGGCCCAAACUAGCGUCGAAAAAUACUAUCAACAGCUGUAACUUGGAAACCCUCCUUCAGGAAUUGGCUGUAAAGAUGGCAGAUAAACAUAUUGCGAAUUUGAUUGAUAGGAUUCUACUCAAUUGGAGGGAUCUACCAGUGAUAUAUAGGAUUCCCAAACGAAUUGACGGUGGAGAGGAUGGGAAACCCAUGGACAAAUUUUCCACGCAUAUUGAUGACAGAAGGUCACGGUUGGCGCAAUCUGCUAUGCGUCUUGUUGAUCCGGCAGCAUCUGGAGCUGGUUCCUCGGCGGGUUCCGCCAUGGCCUCUAGAACAGAUUCUGCUGGUGAAUCUGUGUCCUUAUCCCCAGCGAUAUCUGCAGUCUCUAAAGGUCAACCGAAUGAUGUUGAUGUUGCUAGUCUUCCAGAAUCAAGAAAAAUCGAAGGUAAAGCAUUGCCACCUGGUUGGGAGUGGACCACAGAUCCGACUUCGGGAUCUGUGUACUUUUAUAACAGAGAAAAAGGCUUGACACAAUGGCAGAGGCCAGAAUGGCCACCAACCAAUUUGAAGGCUGGAUUAGAAUCGAUAUUGAAAGCUGUUCCCAAUUCAACAGUUGAUGACGGAAAGAAGAAGAGAGAAAGAGAAAGAGAUCGUGAAAGAGAUAGAGAAAGAGAGCAGAAGAAGAGAUUGAGAGAGCUUGAGAAAAAGAGACUUGCAGAACAAGAUGCCGUCGUUAAGAUUGAAGAGCAGCGGAUGGAAAAGCUGACCAAGAUCAUUGAGCAGGCAUCUAAAGAGGCCAGCUUGAAGCAAGCGAGGGGCCAACGUCAUCAUUCGCAUGACUCAGAGGGUGGUCGUGAUCGCUCUUCUCGCCAUACUCAUAAACAUCAGCAUACAACUUUACAUGCUAAUCAUUCGCAUCGCCGUGAUUCCUAUGAAACCAAUGAUACUGAGAUUUCAUCUGGGAAGCACGGAAAAGUCGAAAAGCAAUGGAUGCUAUUGUUUGCCUCAGCAGUUCCAAACAUGUUGAAGAAGUAUGAGUCUCAUGUUGGCCGAGGGAAUAUGAAGAACUGUGCCAGGGAGAUCACACAUGUGUUAGCUCAAAAGGAUAUGAAGAGACACACAGGACAGCCAGUUCCAUCCAAGCUUUCAGACGAAAGGAAGAAAAAGAUUGAUUCUUUUGUCAGCGAGUACAUGCACAAGUUUGUUUCAAAGUUUGACACCAAGAAGGCCGAAAAGAGGCAUUCGAGUUCUGAGGAGUUACCUUCAAAGAAGCUGAAAGAUUAA